UGCUAGGGGUGUAUAUCAUUGACACUACUUCCUUUCACGACAUGGCGUCUUUGUAAAACGAGCUUUAUUUUUCCGUGAAUGUGUAAACAUUACUGUAAGCUAAAGGACAGAGCCGAAGGAAACGCGAGGACUCGACUUUUAUUUAGAAAGCCACGAUGCCGGUAGCAGUAGGACCGUACGGACAGGCUCAGCCCAGCUGCUUUGACAGGGUAAAGAUGGGCUUCAUGAUGGGCUUCGCUGUGGGAAUGGCGGCUGGUGCCAUGUUCGGGACUUUCUCCUGCCUGAGGAUCGGGAUGAGGGGGAGAGAGCUGAUGGGAGGAGUGGGCAAGACCAUGAUGCAGAGCGGCGGGACCUUUGGCACAUUCAUGGCUAUCGGGAUGGGCAUCCGUUGCUGAAACCAGCUGCUGGCACUUUACACAAGACUCUUAGAUUCAGCUGUUCAUUCCCACAUAAGAUUAAGUAUUCUGUGAAAUAUUUUUUGGACAGAAACAAUCCAAUAAAGGCUGUGACUUAAA